AUGGCCCAGGAGAUGCAGAUUGCCCAGCAGAGCUUUGAGCUUCCCGCUUCGAUCGAAGCCCAGAAAGUCGAGAAGAACCGAAUCGAAGAGCUUCUGGAGCAACAAACGCAUCUCAUGAUGAGGCACCUUCAGCUGACAGAGGACCACAGCAAGUCCAACUUGCAGUUCAUGUUCCAGACCGCGAAGGACAUGCUCAAAAAGGUGGAUCCCAGCGUUCGCAGCAUCUUCGCAGACUGGCACAAGGAGUUGCGCGCGAAGACGAACAUCUACGUUGCCCAGUCCCGUCUCUGGAACCGCUACCAACAAGCGGCAGAGAGCGAGACGUUGAUUCGGCCCUUCGCAGAGGAAGCCAAGAAGUCGUGGAGUUGGCCCCUGGCGUACAAAGCAAACGCCCAGCCGACGGCAGCCUUCGAGGCUUCACAGCAAGGGCCCUACGACGUGGACGCCGCGUUCGCCGGACUCCGGCAAAGGCACGCACGCGAGGCCCAGGAGUUCGUCCUGGUGCACCAGAAGGCGUGUUUGGAGCAGAUCUCCGGCGAUUUGAGCCUGAGCUUCCAGUGCGAGCUGUUGUUGCAGCAGGUCAAGGCCUGGCUUCAGCUCAACGGAAGUUUCUUCCGGGAGCCGAAUCUCGCAGAGCAGCUUCUCACCCAGCAGGCCCGGUGCUUUGCAGAGCUUGCGUGCCGUGAGGAGAUGGCGAAG